AUGGCCAUGUCCAAGUACGAGAGUAUCAUGUGGCAGAAGGAGAUGAAAGAUCAAAUCAUCAAAUUGACCCGAUUCUCUUAUAUGAUGAGCCAGGAUAUCCCUAUCCAUGUCAUCGUCGUCAAAGAAACCAACACAAGCGCCCGCCCAGACGGCUCUUCAAAGUCAGCUUAUUCUGCGCACAUCUUCGCUGGCGACACUUUAAAGAGUCGCGAGCGUCUCAUGUCAACGCAGAGAAAGUUGACCGAAGAGAGCAGCCUGGAGAUGCUGCUAGAGAUGGUGCAAGAACCUCUGGUUUUCAUGCUAAAAGACUACCCGGAGGAUGAGGGUGAGACUGAAGAGUAUCAAGCCAGUCAGGAUCCGUUCACACCCCACCCUUAUUGGUCCGAAAAUGCCGCAUAG